UUAAGGUUACCUCUUCGUAUCGAGAAAAAAAACAAACCAACCAACAACAUGGCCAGUGCACAAGUGCAAAGUCUUGAUAUAAUUAAGCAGCAGGAUCAGCAACAUCAGCUGGACAAUAUCAAUAAGCAUCAUCAUCAUCACCACGAAGGUGUUCCACUGGAGUGCAACAGCCCAAAACCUAUCGAUGAAGAGAUAUACCAAGUCGAGUACAAGCAUCCUUUGGAGCAUGUGUGGACCCUGUGGUAUUUGGAAUACAAUCGCUCCAAGCACUGGAAGGACAUGCUGAACGAGAUUACCGAGAUUGAUAGUGUGGAGACCUUCUGGAGCUUGUACCAUACCAUCAAGAGCCCAGCCGAGCUGAAGAGUGGAUGCGAUUACGCCGUGUUCAAGAAGGGCAUAAAACCCAUGUGGGAGGAUGAAGCCAACAUCAAGGGUGGUCGCUGGCUGGUCACCGUGAAUAAGAGUGCCAAGGCGGAAUUGGAUAAAAUUUGGCUGGACAUUCUUCUGCUUAUGGUAGGCCAAAAUUUUGAAUACUCCGACGAGAUCUGCGGAGCUGUCGUCAAUAUACGUAGCAUGAGCAACAAAAUCUCGGUUUGGACUGCCAACGGGAGUAACGAAAUGGCCAUUCUGGAGAUCGGACAGAAGCUGAAGACACUCCUUCAUAUGCAAUCGCGUAAUUUGCAGUACCAACUUCAUUCGGAUGCAAUGUGCCAAUUCAAUUCGGGCGUCAAAUCGGUUUAUACACUCUGAAGGUGAUUGUUUAGGUCCUCUACGUUAGUAUAUUUUUAUUUUUGUACACCAGAUUCGUAAGUGUGGAAGAUAAGAUUGGCUUAGUGUAUAUGAAUAUUUACUUGGAAUUGCCCCUACAAAAUUGUUCUGGAGACUAAAUUAAAAAUCUAAUUUUCUAUCCGCAACAAUGGCAUCUUUUGGGGUGAGGUUGAGGUAUCUGUGAAAGUUUGUGCAAUUCGUUGCCUACUUUGCAGCUUCAAAGCUAAGAAUUAAAAAUGCUUUGAUUUAAAAAUGUUUUCCUUUAAUCAUGGUUCAUAUAUUAACUUAAACAUCUUCAUGCUUUGAAUGCCUUACGACUUAGGGUCGUAAUUGCCUACUCAAGCAAAAUCGUUGAGUUAUAAUCAAUAUGGUAAGGUAGGGUUUUUAAAAAAUUUACUCAGUAAACAUUCACAGCUUGUUGCGGUGUGGCGAUCAUCCGACCGAAACCCAUUCGAAUCGAUCGUUCGGUGCGUGCGUGAAUUCGAUCCCUAGUCACUGCAAUGAGUAGUUGGUUACAUUUAGCGACGCGACACAAUUAUUCGGGCACGGGUACACAUAAGGAGAACUAUUUACAAGUUAAUCAUGAUCAAUCGACAGCUCCGGCAAACGCUUCAACAUUUCCGAGCCUUCCUAUCGACAUGUGCAACUUAACAAUACAUUUUAAAAUCUAAACAAUAUUGGACGCUUGAUAAUUUGUUUCUGGUUGUGUUGUGAGAUUUCGAAUUCGAAGCUUGUUUAUGCACUCGGACAUGGGCGACCAAUGCCCAGGGAAUAGCACUGCAAGCGAGUCUCUC